AUGGCGUUCCACUGCCAGAUUCUUCUCCAGCUCGUUCUCUCGCAUGCGUUGUUGAUUCUGAUCUUUUCAGGUCUAAUUAGCACCAGGGUGACAGUCCACGGUUUCUCCAUCAAGGAAGCCAAUGUGGACGACCUGCAGCUGGCCUUCCAGCAAAACAAGCUAACAUCAAGACAACUGGUCGAGUUCUAUCUCGGGGAGAUUAGUAGGCUUAACCCGCUCGUCCAUGGCGUGAUCGAGGUGAACCCGGAUGCGCUGUACCAGGCGGACAAGGCCGAUGGUGAGCGAAAGGCCAAGGCACCUGGGUGGUUGUCUGAGCUGCAUGGAAUCCCGGUUUUGGUGAAGGACAACAUCGCGACCAAGGACAAGCUCAACACCACGGCAGGGUCUUCUGCGUUGCUGGGCUCGGUUGUUCCUCGUGAUGCUGGCGUUGUGAAGAGGCUCAGAGAUGCCGGAGUCGUGAUCUUAGGGAAGGCCAGCCUCACCGAAUGGUCGGAUUCCCGUUCUCUCACUCUACCUGAUGGGUGGAGCGCAAGAGGUGGUCCGGGACUGAAUCCAUAUGUUCUAUCGGCCAGUCCAUGUGGAUCGAGCAGUGGGUCAGCAAUUUCAGUGGCAGCGAAUAUGGUAGCAGUGUCACUGGGGACUGAGACCCGAGCUUCAAUGAUCUGUCCUGCUAAUGCCAAUUCGGUUGUGGCAAUCAAACCCACCGUCGGACUCACCAGCCGAGCUGGGAUCAUCCCAAUCUCUCUAAGACAGGAUUCAAUCGGGCCAAUUUGCCGCACAGUGUCUGAUGCAGUUUAUGUACUAGAGGCAAUAGUAGGCUUCGAUGAGAACGAUGCUGAAGCAACUAAACAAGCAUCAAAGUUCAUCCCUCAUGGUGGCUACAAGCAGUUUCUGAAGCCAGACGGUCUUAAAGGAAAGAGGCUGGGCAUUACUAGAAUUCCAUUCUUGAAUUACCCAAGUGGGUCAGUUGUCCCCAACGUCUUUGAGGAUCAUCUGAAAACAACGAGGCGGACAAAUGGGUGCAAUCUGGAAAUCAACAACAUCCAUGUCAUCCUGAAUGUCAACCAAAGUGGUGAAGCAACUGCAUUGGUGGCUGAGUUGAAGCUAGCCUUGAACUCUUACCUGAAAGAUCUAGUCGUUUCCCCUGUUAGAUCAUUGGCAGAAGUUAUAGCCUUCAACAAAAAGUUUUCAGACUUGAUGACCAAAUCACUUGAAGAAUAUGGGCAAGGCAUUUUCCUGGUAGCUGAGAGAACAAAGGGUAUUGGUCCUGUAGAAAAGGCAGCAUUGUUGAAUCUGCAAAAGCUAUCAAGAGAUGGAUUUGAGAAGUUGAUGAUUGAUAACGAGCUGGAUGCUGUGGUGACUCCUGGUGCAGAUUUUGCUCAGGCGUGCCAUUUGGCCUCUGCUUUGGGGGAUUGA